AUGAAGUACACAGCGAUCCUCGCCGUCGGCCUCGCGACCGCGGCCUCGGCCUCGAUCGGCGCGCGCGACGCGGCGCCCUACAAGACGGUGGUGCAGUCCAUCACCACGGCCGUCGACAACCUCGACUCAGUGGUGCAGCAGUACUCGGGCGGCGACAAGCAGCCGGUGCUUGAGUCUUCCACCGCGCUCGUCAAGGCGCUCGACGACGGCAAGACGACGAUUGACGGCCUCGCCAACCUCACGGCCGGCGACGCCGGCGCGCUGCUCGGCGACCUCGGCACGCUCAGCACCAAGAGCCAGACGCUCACGAGCGACCUCAAGAGCAAGCGCGGCGAGGUCGAGCAGGCCGGCGAGUGCGCGGCGGUGCGCAACGCCAUGGGCGAGAUCAACACGAGCGCAAAGGCCCUCGUCACCACCGCCGUCGGCAAGAUCCCCAAGACGUUCCAGUCGCUCGCCCAGGGCUACGUGUCCGACUUUACCAACUCGUUCCAGCAGACGCAGGAUUACUUUUCCACGGCCAACUGCCAGGACGGCGCUGGUAACGGCACUUCGACGGCGAGCUCGACGGCGACGACGAGCGGCGCUACAGGAUCCGCGACGGGCUCCCAGACGGCCGCCGCAUCCCCCAGCGGCUCGAGCGGGGCUUCUUCCAUGAUGGCGCCGGCAUGGACGCUUGGAACGGCCAUGGCUGUCUUUGCCGUGUACUAUUAG